AUGGAUGCUAAAACGAGACUAGAACGAGAUCGGCUGAAGCACCAACGGAUUCAACGGGAAACAAAAUGCGAGGACUGGCUUCAUCGUAAGCGUAUCGAGGCGCAACGGCUUCGGGAAGAGGCUGCGCAGAAAACGGCUCAAAUAAUGGAAUGCAAACGAUUAGAGGAAGAGCAAAAGAUAUGUCGAUCCAGCCUCAAAUAA